CAACACCAACAAGAUCGAUCACUACAGCACUAGCUUAAUUAGCUAGCGCCGGCGAGCGAUCGAGUAUGUGCUUCAAGCUGGGCAUGUGCUUCGGCGGCGGCGACGACUACUGCCGAGCCGCCAGCGAGACGUACGAUCGGCCGGAGCUCACCGCGGUGCCCAACGCUAGCUACAAAGGCUACCGGCCGACGACGGCCGCCUACGCCAUGGCCGCCGACGAGACAGGCCGCAAGGCCAGCAACGACGACCCAAGGAAAGACAGCGUCUUCGUCGUCGCCGCCACCACAACGACGAGGGGCGUUUACGGCGGCGGGUACGCGCCGGCCGACGAGCCGUCGCACAAGCCGCCGGCGGCCGCUGCGAGGAACAGCAAGGUCGCUGAUGACACGGAGGUAAAGCACCCAGCUGCUGCUGCUGCUGCCAUCCCGAGGUAUUCGAAUCGUGUCUACUAGUGCAAAUAGUAGUACUACACGGUAGCAGUUGGGUUAGCUACAUGCUUCUAAUUAAUUACAGGUUAUGUUACUGACAAGUGAGAGAGUUUGAGUGAUGAUAGUCUCGUUGCUACUACCUUUUUCUGUUCUGUUUGGUCCUCCCAUCUGCUGAAAAUGGAAGGGCACCUGGGAGCAGAGUUCAGUCAUGUGUGACAAAAGGUUCAGGGGACUUUGUGUUAGCAGGCAGGUCUUUACCAGUUUUGUUGGCUUUGUGUAGUUGCUUGUGCUUGUAGCUUCUUUUUCUUCUUCUUCUUCUUCUUCUUCUUCUUCUAUCAUGUAAUCGAGUGGAUCGAUCUUGUGUACAUCAU